UGUGGUUGACCCCAUGGACAGCACCCUGAGGGACUUCUGCGGACGUUGCAUCGAAGAGUUCGUCAAGUGGUCGAUCAAGCAGACCACCCCAAAGCAGCAGGAGAAGAGCCCGACGAAUAUGAAGUCCCUGUUCAAACGAAUCUACAGUCUGGCUCUGCACCCAAAUGGUUACAAAAGACUGGGUUCGGCUUUAGCCUUCAACAGCAUCUACAGACACUUCAGGGAGGAAAAUUCUUUGGUGGAGCAGUUUGUUUUCGAAGUUCUUGUAAUUUUUGUGGAAAGCCUGGCUCUCGCACACUCAGAUGAGCGCUCAAUGGGGACACUGCAGCAGUGCAAAACUGCCAUUGACCAUCUGAAGAGAAUCAUCAAACACAAGGCCCCCAGCCUCAAUCAGCGCAAUGCCAAGAGACGCAUCCCGAG